AUGCGGCGCCGAAAUUUUUGCGCCACCACUUGUGAGAGUUGCAAAGCGUUUUUCCGGAGAACUGCCCUCAGAAUUACCGUAUUGCACUGCGCCUCCAAUGGGUUGUGCGAAAUCACUGCCCAAACCCGCAAACUAUGUCAAAAAUGUAGACUUCAAAAGUGUUUAGCCAUUGGAAUGAGAAACGAUAAAGAGCUGAGCGAACAGAUCGACGAAAUCAAUAGCUGUUUAACGGGAGAAACGGAAGCGACGAAACAAAUCCGGCAAAAGUCGGCUGCGAUGGCAAUCGUACCGAUAGUCAAACCUAUUGUCGACUACUGCGGCAUAAAUCAAUUGGAGAGCAGCCGUAUGACAGAGUUGUCGGACGCGUGCCUAGUAUUCAAUUACCCGUCACUGAGCGACAAUAGGGUGACCACAACUGAUUUACUAGAGUUAAUGAUCAUUACAAACCGGAUGACAGAGGUUCUCAUACAAGACGUGAUCACUUUUACCAAACGUUUGCGAGGGUUUCAAAAGUUUUGCGCCGACGACCAGUUGGCGCUCUUAAAGCACGGCUUUCUCGAUAUCAUUUAUCUCCAGGGCUUUACUUGUUAUGAUCCCGAGAGGCAAGAGUUUAAUUAUUCCAUAGUGAGUUGA